GGAGCGACAGGUCUCGGGCCCUCAGGCGGAGCGGCGGGCGCCGGACCCCCAGGCGGAACUACAGGUCUCGGGCCCUCAGGCGGAGCGGCGGGCGCCGGACCCCCAGAUGGAGCGACAGGUCUUGGGCCCUCAGGCGGGGCGACAGGCCUCGGGCCCUCAGGCGGAGCGGCGGGCGCCGGACCCCCAGAUGGAGCGACAGGUCUCGGGCCCUCAGGCGGAGCGGCGGGCGCCGGACCCCCAGAUGGAGCGACAGGUCUCGGGCCCUCAGGCGGAGCAACAGGUCUCGGGCCCCCAGGCGAAGCGGCGGGCACCGAGUCACCAGGC